AUUUCUCUCUCUUCUUUCCCCCACACAUCGACUUUUCUUCUCGACCUCUCGCUAGUCUUCCCGACUCGAACAACUCCGAAGCACACUAGCCAACGAGAUAGCGAACCCUAGGAACCCAGUGGCCAUCUUUGGAGCGGCCAUGACGGUGGAUCAGAAGCAGGCCAUGCCGAUGCAGGCGCAGGCCAUGCAGCCCGGAAGCAGGAAGAAGCGUCCUCGCAGAUUGCGCGAUGGGCCAACCUCAGUGGCAGCUGUCAUCCAGCGGUGGGCUGAGCACAACAAGCAGUUGGAGCACGAUUCUGAGGGCGCGAAGCGACCAAGGAAAGCACCUGCUAAGGGUUCAAAAAAGGGCUGCAUGAAGGGAAAAGGAGGGCCUGAGAAUACACACUGUGGAUACCGUGGAGUGAGGCAGCGUACUUGGGGUAAGUGGGUUGCUGAAAUCCGAGAGCCGAAUCGGGCCAACAGACUCUGGCUGGGGACCUUCCCAACUGCAGAGGAUGCAGCCAGGGCCUAUGACCAGGCGGCCAGAGCGAUGUAUGGAGAAGUCGCCCGCACCAACUUCCCCAGACAGAAUGCAGUGGCCUCUAGCCAAGUUGCUUGGGCGGCAACCCCUGCCCAGGUUGCUCCAUCAGUUGUUGAAGGUGUUGUACAUAGCACAUCAUGCGAGUCAACGACAACAUCAAAUCACUCAGAUAUUGCAUCCACCUUGCAUAAGCCGGAAGUAUCCGACCUUUCAAGCUCUGUGAAGGUGGAGUGCCCAGAAGUUGUGGAGGCUGGUUCACGUAGGUCUGAGAUGGUAUCUGGUACUUCGCAUCAGCAUGAAGACAGCCAUCCCAGUACCCAAGCUAGCACACCCAAUGUAGGUGACAAGGAAGUCUUCGAGCCACUUGAACCUAUUGCCAACCUUCCAGAGGGUGAUUUUGAUGGUUUUGAUAUUGAUGAGAUGCUGAGAAUGAUGGAAGCUGAUCCACAGAAUGAAGGUGGUGCUGGUGCUGGCAUGGAGCAGCCCUUCUACUUUGAUGGGUUGGAUUCAAGUUUACUGGAGAGUAUGCUCCAGUCGGAGCCAGAGCCAUAUUCCCUGUCUGAGGAACAGGACAUGUUCCUUGCUGGCUUUGAAAGUCCUGGUUUCUUCGAGGGCCUGUAGUCAGUGAACUGAAUUUCUGUUUGGCCUGCUAGCCAAUGAUCCUCAGCCCAUUUCAUUGCUGAGCUUGUGGAGGGCAAACGGUCUAUCAUAAUUUGGAGAAACCUUUGUUCUGUAAGGCCAGAACUGGUGAUGUAAAUAGUUCCCACCUUGUGGAAGGAAACGAACAAGGGAAAAAAAAAAGCACGUGCUUUGGUUUUCGGACAACUUAUUUGCCA